GUUUAAGAGUAGGGGGCGUUUUUCGAUACUUGUUUGCAGUGUAUUUCUCAGCAUAACCUCACGUUAGCGUGUGUAUCAAACAUUGUUGUGUUGUUUAUUGACGGCGAGGGCUGACACAGAGUGUGGAUGGGUGGAAACAGUCCCAGUCACUUCUCCACCGAAAAUGGAGGAGGAGGAAUCACUUUGGUGGAGGGCAUUCGGCUUUCAACCAGAGUCGUCAACAGGAUGAAACAACCCUCAUCGGUCGUCCAUCCUCAGGUCGCACAGCAGGAAGGUUCUCCACCACAGUCACCAACCUCACAGAUCACGCCCCCUACUGAUCAUAUGACACCUCCAGCUGCUUCAUCCAUUCCACCGACUUCCCUUCAAGAUACUCCUCCUCCAUCAGCCAUGGAGCCUCCCUCGUCUCCUCCGUCACUGUUACCUGAAACACAAACACCCAUUCCAUCGUCUGCUUCAUCCCCCGAUCCUCCCGCUCCACUCUUGGCACCUACACCUUCUCCUUUACUACCUCCUCCUCAAGAAACUCCAAAUGUAGCUCUAGCACAAGAGUCUGCUCCCCUGACUCCUCCUAUAACACUAAUACCUCCUCCUCCAGUCAAGUUUCACUCCCUUCCUCCAACAUCUGUUGAACUUGAAGCAACGCCGACUCCUCCUCCACCACCACCACCUGCAGAGACAAUCUCUCCUCCUCUGUCUGAGCUCCUUGUCCCGGUGUCACCUCCCUCUCCACCAUUAUCCGUUACCACACAAGACAAGACAGUUGUUGAACCUGCUCAAACUCCACCACCUUCUUUACCCGUAGAGCCAGAAGUUUUCCCUCCACCUGAAACCCCUGUCCCACCUCUCAGAUAUGGAGGACCACUUGUUGGGGAACAGCUCAUUGAUCCAGCUGUGCUUUCUCUGCCCGUCGAAUCAGUGAACGUAGUUUUAUCUGAAACAACGGUUGCGCCUCCUUCCGCCGAGUCUGUCACACCACCAGCCACACCUUCUGAACCUCCAUCUCCAGCAGCUGAACCACCCGAAAGCAUCGUCCCUUCACCGCCGCCUGUAGAAGUUCUCAAACCUCCACCAGCAGUUGAACCUGCGCCUCCUGAAGUAGAAAUCGCUUCAUGUCCACUUGAUUCGGCGCCAGUUGAGUCUGCGAUCUUACCUCUUCAACUGGAACCUUUACUUCCACCCCCUUCGGUGGCUAAAGAAGCAACUCCACCUUUGACUGCGGCGCUCCAUCUACCUCCUUCCUGUGAACUUGAUCCACCUCCUUCACCGGAGCCUGUCGCAGCUCCAUCUCCUGCUCCACAGCUGACAUUUGAAGAGCUCCAUCAGCCUAGUCGCUGCCUGGACGUGGCUGUGGUACCCGUUGAUGUGCCAGUCGUUGAUGAGCCUCUGCCUCCACCUCCAUCUGAACCUGAGGUGUCCGCUCCCAUCUCGUCUCCUCCUCCUCCUCCUUUGGUCGAGGACGAAUCCAGUCCAUCUAACUUCUCUGUGCUCACACACACAGUCAUGCCAGUCUCUGCUGAAGUGAUGGAGGAAAACCUGAGGCAGACGAUCAGAGAGGAGAUGCAGAGGAGUCUGGAGGAGGUGCUCGACAAGAGGAGGCAAGAGCUGCAGCUGCAGCUGGAGCAGAUGAGAGCUCUCGUUCAGGCAGAGGCCAGGGCUGCAGCUGAGGCUCAGGUGGAGGAGCAGGUGAAGAAGACGCUGGAGGCCGAGAAGGCGGCGUACAUGGAGAACAUGACCGGCGCCAUCGCCAAGGAGAGAAUGAAGACGGAGGACGAGAAGCUCAUGGUGCAACUUUAUUGGUUGGAGCUGAAGGCCCAUCAGCUGGAGGAGAAGGAGCGGGAGCUGAAGAAGCGUGACGUUCUCUACAAGGAACAUGUGGCGAAACUUGAAUCAAAGUGUACAGAGUUUUACAAAGUCACUGCUGAGAGUUUCCAAAAAGGCAAGGAGGACACGGAAAAGCGCUUCACUCGCUUCAAUGUCCGGCCUGUGUGUGGAGACCUACAGAGUCAGAUUUUGAAAUGCUAUAAGGAGAACACUGGAAAGACUCUGUCCUGCUCCGGCAUUGCCUCGGCCUACAUGCAGUGUGUGACCCAAGCCAAAAAGGAUAAAAUGGUCACUGGAGGUUAACACGGACCAGAUGUCCUUUACAUGCCUACUUCACAGAUGUAGUAUCAGAGACCAGGCGUCGCAUGUAUUUAUGCCGAGUGUUUUUCUUACUUCACGCUGAUUAUUUGAGACGUAGAGCAGCUGUUCCUUCUGCUGCCAGUGUCACAAACGCACACAGCUAAGCUUUAAGUUAUACCUCUGGUUCAGGGGGAUCAUUUUGAAACCUGUGCCAACCGCAAAACUGUGAUCUAUUUUACGGACAGCAUUAGAGCAGAUGGAGGUUCGUCGUGUGCAUGUUAUUUUUGAUUGUGAAUCCAGUGAGAAUUCCCGGGUAGUAUUUUUGUUUGGAAUGCAGUGCUGAGUGUGUACAGCCUUAAUGUGCCUUAAAAGUAUGGAAUCUGUUUGAUGAGACUGCAGUUUCGUAACCUGACCUAUUGAGGGGGGCAACGCUGAAUGGAAGGACAAGUCACUGUAUAUGUGGUGUUAAUGAAUGAUUUCAGGAAGUUAUGGUAGGAUCAAUAAAUUGUUUUGCUCAA